UCUCUAUCCACUCCACUUUAUCUUGUAUUGAGAUUGCUUUACAGCACUGUGGUGUGGUUUGUGGCGUUCCUCUCCAAUGGCGUCAGUGUCAGUUAUGGCUACAGGCAGCGAAACCAGGUGGAGCAUGUCUUCACUGCGCUCAGCUCUACCUUCUCCUUCUCCUUCUCCUUCCUCCUCCUCAUUGCGCUUCCCUCAAUUCCGGCGACCAUCCUCACCACCGUCACUCCGAAUUUCAAAAUCCAAACCCCAAGCUCUUCUUCCCUCUUUCACUGGUCUCGCCCCUCUUCACCAUCUUUCCCUCUCCUCUUCUUCUUCAGAAUUUAACAGCUUUAGUCACUGCUUCACCAUUAUUGACAAUGGCGGUAGAGUCUAUGCCAUGAGACAUGGGAGGCGAGUACCCAAGCUCAACAGGCCCCCUGAUCAGCGUCGGGCACUUAUUCGAGGACUUACAACUCAGCUCCUUAAAUAUGGCCGCAUCAAGACAACCAGAGCUAGAGCCAGUGCAAUUAGGAAGUAUGUUGACAAAAUGAUCACUUUGGCAAAGGAUGGUUCUCUUCAUAAAAGGAGACAAGCCCUUGGGUUCAUCUAUGAGAAGCAGAUUGUUCAUGCUUUAUUUGCAGAGGUUCCAGAACGUUAUGGUGAGAGAAAUGGUGGUUAUACAAGAAUUAUAAGAACCUUGCCGAGGAGGGGUGAUAAUGCACCUAUGGCAUACAUUGAACUUGUGUAGCCAUCGCCUUUAUCUGGAUGCAAUCUGUAGCAAUCUUGCUGCAGUUGUUGAGAUUGGUAAUGCAUCCAAUGGUAACAGUUUUACUCUUCCUAUGUUUAGUUGUUUUUGUAAUAUGAGGUUUUUUGUAUUAAUGCUCAGUUUGCAUCUCUUUUUGUACUUAUGGACAGACAACCAUCUUUGAUCUUAAGCUCUGCAAAUGGUCAUAGAUUCACUUAUUUUUCUUUUUUUAAAACGAACACUUAUUUCUUUUUUAGAAUUUCAAAUGUUAAGUAUGUUUGUAUUUGUAUUA